CAUCAGCACAACACUGUCGUCCGACUGCUGGAUUCAUCGGGCUCGACGCGAUCGCCAUAAUUUUAAUACAAAUCCAACCGCGACAAUGUCGAGGUCGCAGAGUCCAGACCCUCCCGGGACGGAGCGCACGCUGCGUUCCACAACACGCAACCCGCGCCGAAGACAGCGAGCGACCGAUAAUGACACACUCAAAACAUCAGCACCGCGUCGCAAACGAAGCAAGAUCUCCGAGGACACCUUCGCACCAAGAGCUUCGACAGAGAUUGCAAUUGUUCCGACAGCCGAAGACGACGACAUCAUCGUCGUUAAUGGUCACGAUCACAGCAACGGUCAUCGUGCAUCAACCGCGAGUAACGGAAAUCUAGACAUGCCUGUACGCAGUAAAAAGGGAACUAUCAAACGGACCUCGCGACCGGAUGGCGCGACAAUACUCGCCCAGAAUCAAUGCUACACGGUCAAGCUAUUGCCCAGCACGCCAAAAGAGCUUCGCCGACCAGGACUCGAAUAUCGUGGCACUCUAGGAGCAGGCAAUCGAGCUUUGGCAGUUACCCACAACAAUGCCAUGGUAUGGGACUACACGAGUGGGUCGUCGGGGAGCGCAAUGCGCGUCUUUGACAUUCCCUUUCACGACAAGACCAGCGACCCGCUUCCACAUGGAGCUUUGGUCCCGAGUAAUCUUAGCGCAUCGGAUUCCGGACUUGUUUUGAUAUCGGCGACGACCGGCAAGGUUAUUUUCCAUGAAUCAAUUGACCGUGCAGCAUCGUUGGGACUCUUUCAGGACAACCGAGCAGGCGUUGAGGGUACGAUCGGCACAUUGUUCUCGGGCGAGACGGUUACGGAUAUUGUGCCAGCGGAUCACGCAGGCUUCAUCAUUGUGCUCAGCUCAGGACGGCUCGCACAGCUGACCUUGCGCGAUAGUCAGGGCAAGGCACGGAUAUUCAGCCAGUUCUUGCGCAUCGCUGAGGCUAAUACUGGUGGAUUGUUCGGCAGUAUCAAAGGCCUAUGGAAUGCUGGCUUUCGCAAGGACCUGUGUGCAGUUCACACGAGGCCAACAAGUGUUCGAGGGCAGAUGCAAGUCAUAUCUCUAACACAGAGCGCAGAGCUUCUUCUCUGGGAACUGGAAUGGUCCGGGCGAUCCGAAUUCAAGUCGAAGAUUGACUUCAAGGAAAUCCUUACCGCCGAGCUGGUGUCCAUUCUGGAUGCACCAGAGCUGGCCAGCAAGACUGAUACUAUUACGGCCUUGGAUUUCGCCAUCAUCACAAAGCCCGUUCCUUCCAGCAAUCAAGAAUUGUCGCUUGCCAAUGCGGAAUUGCCACUUGAGGUUUUCCUGCUCGUCAGGGCUGGCACUGCGGACAUGCACGAGUACGCUCUCGUAGAGCUCAGCAUAAUCGGGGAGGAGGUAACCAUUAUUCGGACUUCGCCUCUAUCAAACUACCGUGCACCAUCCGACCUGAGUCGAGCGAAGAGACCGAGGCUGCUGCUUCCCAAACCCGGCCACACAGCCUAUGUUGUGUUUGAAGAUGCUGUAGUGCUUUUUGCUGCCCAAGGCGUCGUCGCUGAUACACCCGAUGCUCAACUUCGAUCUUCUUUGCUCCAGGCUGAUCUGUUCGAGGAGACAGUACAUCUCCGAUCGCAAAAGGAUCUAUCAGUACUAGGAAGCUGCAGCGAGGAGCCCAGGGGUUCGCAUGCAUCAUGUAUCGCUUUUGUGAAGAGCUUUGGUUUGGUGCGGUUUUCGACCGUCGAUAUUUAUGGCUCACAGACAUUUACUCGCAUCUCUGCGAAAAGCAGAAUCGAGCAAGCUAUUUUCUACGGUGCCAUACAACAGGAAAACAUUAUCGACUUUUCACGCCGUGACCAUAUCGAGCAAGGCCUCGAAGAAAUCGAAGAGGCAGCAUUGGCUACCAGCGACGAAAUCCUCCGUGCUGAAACAUCCUUCACGACUUUCUUAUCGCCGUCACCUACAUCAAUGGAGCAGCACCUCGCCACUAAGGCCCGUGCGCUCAAGGCAUUGGUCUCUCACGUUGCUCAGAAUUACCCAGCCAUCUCUCGCACGACCAUGUGGCGUCUGCUAGCUAACGCCGAACGAAUUGCUGCUGCGCAGAGUUUGUGGACCGCAUUUGAAGAGCAUGUGGCUGCUACCAGUCAAGGGAAGCGCAAGGCCACUCUUCUGGACGAACUCUGCACUUGGUUCGAAGCUGACGACAAAUUCCCACAUCGCGCCGAUCUGGCUAAUGAAGAUCCUGUGCGACGUUUCUUCAUUGGUGGAUUGCAUCGCCUAGAGCGUCUCAUGCUAAAUGUUCGGGUUUUGUUGCAAAGUCUGCGCAGUGACACUUCCAAGACGCCAGAGGUUGUCCUCCGUCUAGUUGCACAGGCAAACGAUACAUGGUUGCGGAUUCUAAAUGCAGCGUACGCGUUCCGAACGGAGAAUGCUUCCAGCUACGGGAUUGUGCCAGAUCUCAUCGAAGACGGCCUGCUGCUGGACUCGGCUGCGUACGCUGAUGCGCCAGAAUUCUGGACCUCUUCCGAAAAGCUCGUCGACGCCACUGUCACGAUCACAGCCCUUUCGCGUGAGUUUGCGAACUCUCUCUUUGAGGUGCCGGAGCUGACAGAGCCGGCCGUCAAUUUGGUGCGCGAGAUCUCGCAAUGGAAUCCCGAAUUAGUUGAGCUCUACUGUACUCAAUUCCGUGAGUGCAUUUCCUGGCGGGCCUCUCGUCCUUCUGAGAAAGACAGAGAGCAUGCGAGGCGUCUCACAGUAACAUAUGACGCGUCACGCUAUGAACAGCUCCGCAAGUUGGCGGAUGUCGGACAGGUCAGUGCUGGUAUGAAGCUCGCAGAAAAGCUUCAUGACAUCCACACUCUAGCAGACAUGGUGAUUGCCGAAGACCAAUACCUCAGUGAUAUGAGCUUGGAAGGUUUGGAGGUUGCUGAGCAAGUAUCUGAAUUGGAAGGAAAGAUCGGGCGCUACUUUGAACGAUACCAGGAGACAUGGUCGAACCUUUUCUUUGACAAAUUGUUCACUGAUGCAUCUAUCGGUAAGACUCUUCAGCGUGCGCAACAAAACUGGAAAGAUGCGCUCAACAAGUAUCUUCGAGCGUCGCCAAGCCGGGCGAAACUUUGCUGGAUCAACGACGUUACCGAACAGGACGAUUUUAGCCACGCCGCUCAAGCGCUCGCACAGAACGCAGACGCCUUUGAAAGCCAGCUGUGGGCCAAAAAAGUUGAAUUGUCAAUGUCAAAGCUCGCGUUGUUAGCCGCUGAUGAGGCAUCUUCUGAUGUUGCGACCACGCCAAAGAAACUGCUGUCUAACGGAUCAAAGAAACACAGCCCGCCUCUACCGCAAAAUGAGCUCGUCCUGGUCGAGCUGCAAGAAAAGCUGUACCGACAUGUACUCCCCACGGUCAUCGCUAGCAUCGACCGUCAAGCGGCGCUGGAGCAAUGUAUGAGCGCCUUCGGGUCUCAUGUCUUGUCAUUUCCUUCACUUCGACAACUUCUAGAAAAUGGUCUCGAUCGUCUGCUCGACCACAAAGCACUUUCUGUGGAAGAGCUGAUUGACAUUUUCACUUUGAUGGAUUGCAUCAAUGACGAGGACUCUCCCGAUAACGUCUUGGGAGCCGAGUUCUUUCUUGCUCUCAAAGCUCUUGACGCUGCCGCUCCUCGGUUGUCCGAGAACCAGAUUGAAAACCUUCUGAAACUAAUCUGGAGUCGAUGCUACACCUUUGACGACUGGUCAAACCUUGGAAUCUCCGCCAAACAAUCCGACGACGAGCGACUCCAGAUCCUGCGUCAGACCGCUCCGUGGAGCGUGUACUAUUUCGCCUACUCGGCCGGGUUUUUCUCGCCUUCGCCAUCCUCUCCAGCAACCUCCUCACCGUCCGUUCAAGCUCUCCCACCAAGCUCCUCCCUCAACGCCUUCUGCAGCCCUGGCGACCUCUCCUACCGAUUCUCAGACCCAGACCUCCUCGAACCAAUCCUCGAGGAUCUCCGCGCACAAAACGAGAUCCUCCAAUCUGCAACCACCGACCGCCACCUCGACGAGCUCAUCUCCGAAUGCGCCCGCGACGCCGCAGCAUAUGUAUCGCUCGAGGCCGAGGACCGCGCCCGCGCGCUCGAAGGCGAGAGAGCGCUGCAGGAACGUUUCUUGACUGGUGUGGACGGCGGAGUCACGGAAAUGUCAUCGAUGAUGCUAUUGGGUAACGGUGGUCCUUAUAGCAACGGCUACGGUCAGAACACUGGAUUGAAUGGAUACAGGAGCGUGAAUGGCAAUGGGAACGGUCACGGACAUGGCCUGACGAAUGGAUUCAAGGCUGGAGAGUUUCUUGGACGUCAAGGCGUGGACAGUGAGAUGGAUGAGACGGAUUGAGAGGUUUUGGUGAGCACCUAUUGAUGUUCCUUCCUCUUUGGUUCGUUUGCAAUUUAUGUGCGAGGAAGCAUCGGCGUUUCUUCCAUUUUUUCUUCUCUUUGUUCUGGGGAAUUUCGAUGUGCAUGGAGCUGGAACUUCAAGACUGGUGUUUUUGCAGACAGUCCCUGUGUCAGGACUUGAUAUUUCUUUUUUCUCGUAUGAAACCUGUAUGAUUAGCGGUGGAAUGCGUGUAGCGGCGAGCGUCGCCGAGUUGUUUCAUUUGCAAAAAGCAUCUCAAAUAUAUGGUGUUAAGACAGCUUCACGGGUGUACGGGAAAAAACAGUAAAGCGAAAUAUGUGCCAAAAUUGAUGGCAGAACACAGAACGACG